AUGAACGAUGUAAUAUAUGCCGACUCCGUUGUUUCAAAAGACGGGACCGGUAACUUUACCACCCUCAAGAAGGCGGUCGCGGCUGCUCCUGAUAACAGCAAACAGCGAUUCGUCAUUUUUAUGAAGAAAGGCAUCUAUGAUGAAGUUGUAAACAUUGAGGAAAAGAAGACAAAUCUAACCAUUAUAGGCGAGGGCAGCGACUCAACCAUUCUCACGGGGAGUUUAAACGCUAAGGAUGGUACCCUCACCACCUUCCAUACCGCAACGCUAGGCGUCGAUGGAGUUGGGUUUAUGGCCCAGGACAUAUGUAUCCGGAACACCGCCGGGCCAGAGAACGGACAGGCAGUGGCUCUCCGUGUGAGCGGCGAUAUGGCAGUCUUCUAUCGUUGCCGAAUCGAUGGGUAUCAAGACACACUCUACCCUUAUUUGGGCAGACAAUUUUACCGUGAUUGCCUCAUUACCGGCACGGUGGACUUCAUAUGUGGAAAAGCAUUCGCUGUGUUUCAACACUGCGACAUUGAGCCACGAAAGCCGAAAGAAGGACAAGCCAACAUGAUGACGGCUCAAUCAGGCGACGAUCAGGAGCAUAGGUCGGCGUUUGCCUUCCAUAAAUGCAACAUAAGGGCGAGUCCGGAUCUUGCUCCGCUCAGAGGGACAGUUAAAACGUAUCUAGGACGGCCGUGGGGUGUCCUCUCAACGGUGGUGGUUAUGCUUUCCUUUAUUGAUGACCUCAUCGAUCCGGCGGGUUGGUUUCACUGGGAGGACGAUAAAGAACCUCGCCUAUCCACGUUGUUCUACGGCGAAUACGAAAACAACGGUCCGGGAGCUGACACAACCAAAAGAGUGAAGUGGCCGGGAUAA